UCCGGUCAUCAUGGCUGACGACGAUCAUACGGUAACGGUUCCAAAAUAUUCACCAGAGGGUUUAUCUAAUGAUUCUUCUGAAGAAGAUCCAUUUGAAAAUGCUAGAAAAGCUGGGAAGAAAAACCUGCUGCAAUGGAUGGAGAUCUCGGUUGCUGAACCAGAGAAGAGAAUAGUUACAUCGAUGAAAGUCCAGGAUACAUUCAUUGUAUACUUGAUUGAAACAAGAAUAACAGAUAAGAAUGUAAAGUACAAUGGAGAUGGCACCUCGUCCUUGUGGAGAAGAUACAGUGAAUUUGAACUACUACAGAAUUACCUGACCAUUAGUUACCCCUUUGUAGUUGUACCACCUCUACCUGAGAAAAAGGCUUCCUAUAUAUGGCAGAACAGUUCCACAGACAAGUUUGACACAGAAUUCAUUGAGAGAAGGAGGGCAGCUUUAGAGAUAUUCAUGCUGAGAGUGGCUGCUCAUCCUAUCCUUUCACAAGACAAAAUCUUCAUUGGAUUCAUGCAGCAGGAGGAUGGUUGGAAAGACUCUGUUUAUGCUACAGACUUUCAGAGCAAGGCUGAGUCUCGAAUUAAGGCCCUGAGUGCCUCCUUCCGAUUGAGGAGCCCUGACAGACAGUAUGAGGAAUUAAAGAAUUACUGUAAUGAACUAGAGAGCAACAUCUCUAACUUACUCAAAAUAAGGGCUAAAAUGGCUGACAAACUUUAUGGAAUUCACAAAAUUCACUCGAACUACAGCCGGGUGUUUGGAGAGUGGAGUGGAAUUGAAAAAGACAUGUCAGAACCCCUCCAAAGUGCCUCCCAUUACAUGAAUGUGUACUCCCAGAGUGUGGACGGGAUUUUGGAAGAAGAGGAACAGUAUGCCGAUCAACUUAAGGAGUAUCUAGCAUUUGCUGAAUCUCUCAGGUCAGUGUGCAGGAAGUAUGAAUGUCUUCAGUAUGAUGUGGAACGAGUAGAGGACAACCUCACCUACAAAAAAAGUCAGAAGGAAAUGCUGGAACAAGGUAAAACAGGAGGUACAUUCUCAUUAAGCGGGAUGAAGUCCAAGAUAUUUGGUAGUGACACUCCAGAGCAGAGGGACCAGAAAAUCAAACAACUUGAGGAGCAGAUUGAGCAAACUCAAGCUGAGCUCCGCACAACCACUGAGGAACUUCAAAAGUUUGUUGAUGCUUCUGUGAGGGACAUUGAUAGAUUCAAGCGACAGAAAGUGAAGGAUUUAAAAGAAAUAUUUACCAAUUAUGCUGUGAUGCAAAUUAAGCAAUGUAAAAAGGGAAUUGCUAUAUGGACCAGUGCUAAGGACUGCUAUACCAAGAUGUGAAGCUGUGUGUGUUAGAUUUUUUUUGUUAUCAUACCAAUGCAAAAGAUGGAGGUUGUAGUCAAACAUUGAGGAUAUGUGCAAUACUGGACCAACUCGGGAUAUUUUAGACUCUGUCAUCGUGCAAUAUUUAAUGUGUAGAUUUUUAGUCAUUAAGCCAACUUUAGGGCUUAAGUUAUUUAUUCUCAGUAGUAAGGAUUUUUAAGGUAUUUGUUGUGAAUCAGUCUGAAGGAUAAGUUCUAGUCUGAAGUGUUGUGUAAUGCUUUAGAAAUACUCACUCUAACAUGGCAUUAUUUCCUUCAGUUGGUAAAAUUGGUGAUCAAUGCUUAUCCUAAUUUUGCUGUUUGAUGAUAUUGUGAGGAAUAUAUGUGAUGUAUUAUACAUGAAAUAGUCAAAAAUCUACUUUAAGGAAGCUCUAAACACUGCACACUAAAGAGUUCUACUUGUAGGGUAGUUUUA